AUGGCUACCAUGGUGAGGUUCACGGCUCGUCGGAGCAAAGCGCAAGUCGUCGCACCGGCGCGGCCGACGCCCCGUGAGACCAAGGCCCUCUCCGACAUGGAUGACUGCACCUACCUACGGCACUACAUCGGCGCCAUUCUGUUCUUCCGUCCGGUCCGUCGCGAGCCGGCGGUGACGGACCCUGCCGAGGCCAUCAGGGCGGCGCUCGCGGAGGCUCUGGUCCACUACUACCCGCUCGCCGGCCGCCUGCGGGAGAUGCCCGGAGGCAGGCUCGCGGUGGAGUGUACCGCCGAAGGGGCAGUGUUCGUGGAGGCCGACGCCGACGUGCGGCUCGAGGAUUUCGGGCAGCCCGCGCUGCCGCCCUAUCCGUGCAUCGAGGAGCUCGUGUGCGACGUCGACGACUACACCCCUGUCCUUGGCAACCCGUUGGUCUACAUGCAGCUCACUCGGCUGAGAUGUGGGGGCUUUGUUCUAUCUGUGCACACGUGCCACAACGUCGCCGACGGCUUCGGCCUGCUCCAGUUCGUCAAAGCUAUCGCCGACCUCGCACGCGGCGACGCGCGUCCGGCCGUCUUGCCCGUCUGGAACAGGGAGAGCAUGUUCAAGGCACGCACACCAGGUCGUGUCAGGCAGGACAUCUUCCCAGGCCACGCUUCCGGCAUCGUCACCGCCGACACGCUGCCGGCGCCGCCGGCAGACAUGGUGACCCAGUACUUCCGGUUUGGCCCGGAAGAGGUCGCCGCUCUCAGGAGCCAUCUCCCGGACCGCCUCGCGCGGUCCUGCACCGUGUUCGAGCUGCUGUCGGCGUUCCUGUGGAGGUGCCGCACCGUGGCGCUAGGCUACGAGCAUGGGCUGCCCGUGCGCCUCGUGUUCCGCAUGAACGCCCGGGGCAAGUACCCGCCGAUCCCCAGAGGGUACUACGGCAACUGCGUCCUCCGCCCGAUGGUGGAGGCCGGCGUCGACGAGCUGUGCGGGAAGCCGCUCGGCCACGCGCUGGAGCUGGUGCUGCGGAGGGCCAAGCUCAGCACCACGGAGGAGCACGUGAGGUCGACGGUGGACAUGAUCACCGCGCUGCGCGCGCACCGGCAUCUCGACGUCGACAGGGCAUUCCACGUCGUUGAUACGACUCGGCUUGGAGAUGAGAAGAUCGACAUGGGUUGGGCCACGGCGGUGGGCGGCGGCGUGCCAUACAUUACGGACCCAAUGAGCUACCACAUGGCCUUGAAGAGCGGGGAUGGCGAGGUGAUCACCGCUGUGUCCAUGUUCUUGCCCAAACCUGCCAUGGAGAGGCUUGAGAAGGAGAUAUCCAUGUGGAUAAGAGGUGACGCAAAAAAGUUUAUACCGAGCUCCAUGUAGGAGAGUUUAAUAAUUGUAGCUUGUUCUAUAUUCAAACUGGUUCAGUUAUACUUCCUUCGGUCUUUUUUAAUUAACUUAAACUUAGUACAAAGUUAUACUCAAUUCGAGUCAAUUAAAAAGGACCGAAGGGAUCGAGUACGUCGUAGUAGCCUAUUUUAG